UCCAAAUUCGUUCGAAUCAUUUAAAACUGAGAUAAAAAAUAAACUUCCUUACGUCUGCUUGGAAACAACAGUCUUCAGAUUAUCAUUCGGCAGAUAAAUGUGUGAGAUUGUAUACUCAAUUGAUAUUUUUUAAAACUUUCCAAAUCUAUAGUAAGUAAUUCAUUUAUAACCAGUGUUUUCUCUUGAUUGGACCGUUGAAGCAAACAUGAAUCCGUUCAACAUUACGUGGAAAGAUAUACCUUUCGUUUCUUCCUGCAUCAGUCAAACUGAACCAUCAAAACUCGCCUCAGACAAACAUCCUAAGAAUAUCACUACGAGCCACACGCGUCUGCAAACUCACGAAGUAAAACAUAUCUUGAUUAUUCACGAAUUCAGUCUGCACGAGACAUUCAACACUAAUGUGAUUUUAUCGCCCAUGUUACACGCGUCUACAACCGACAGAUUUGAAUGGUACGUUAAAAUAUUUCCCAACUACAUUCACGAAGACAUUAAAACAAUUGGUCUUUAUGUACACCUAUCCAACAACAGUAAGGUUGCAGAGGCGAUGGCAACGACCAAUAUUUCGAUUAUAAAUCAUAAAAAUGAAGCUCUACGUACUGUAAAGCUUGCGAUGGCGAAAGAGUUUCAAUCCGGAACACCUGAGACUAAUUGGGGCUGGGGUUGGACAAACUUUUGCAACAAAGAUGAUUUGUUCAGAAAUCAUUUACUCCAAGAAAAAGACACAUUAACGCUAUCAAUCAACAUAAAAUGGUUACCUGAACAAUCGUGCAAGGUUGUUCAAAGUAUUAUGUCUUCGACCGAUCCUACACUCGAGACCACUUGCAUCAAACUCAAUCCUUCAGAAAACUUGGAAUCGAUGCUGGAAAAUCCGGAAUUCGCGGACGUCGUAUUUAUCACAAAUGGUCACAUGUAUCCAGCUCAUAGGAGUAUUUUGGCCGCGCGCAGUCCCGCUUUCGCUGACAUGAUCCGACGCAAGGAUACAAAAAAUGGAAAAAAUAAGAAAAUUCGAAUACAGGUCACAAACGUGGAUGGAGAAGUACUACACGCUAUGCUGAAAUAUAUUUACACUGGAAAAUGUGAAAAUUUCGAGAAACUAGCGGAAAAACUAUUCGUAGCAGCAGUAAAAUAUGGUUUGGACGGACUGUGAAAAAUCUGUGAAGAAAAGCUUUGUGAGACUUUGUCAGUCAAGAACGCAGCAAAGCUGUUGGUAUUUGCCGAAGAACAUCAGGUUGAUAAAUUGAUAUACAAAGCUAAGGAAGUAAUAGUAAACAGUCAGCUCGGCAGUUGAGUACACAGCCAGUCGCUUUCACAAUGCCACUGCCAAUGCAAAGAUACUAGAAUCUUUGGCAUUUGAUCUGUUUUUCUUCUUACAUAAAAAUAAAUAAAUUAAAUUCUAAUCAUAAUAGUGGCUCUUAAUCAACUUUUGUAUGUGCUAAUCAUUUCUGUAGAAUUCAUAGGUAUGCAUCGAAUAGAUACGAAUAGGUAAAGUAACAUUUUCAUAUCAAAUAUGUCAUCUGAUCAUUUGUAACACAAUUUUACAAAAUUCAUUCAACCGUUUCACACAAUUGUCUUUUGCUAUUUCAUUUAUUUUUCAUUUCUAAUCACUACUAUUAUUUAUAUAUUUUUAAUAUUUUUUAUGUAUUUAUUUUUUUGGUUCCCCGGACACACGAGGUGCCGGGGAUUUUAUCUAAUAAACAAUUUAUUUACAUCUUAAAUC